AUGCCGCUUGAAAAUUGGCCCCUAUUUUUGGCUCAACUGCGGCAGAUAAAUGAUUGGCUUGCCCAUCAGGACGCCAAUUUCCAUCAACUCAAGGGAACUGUCGGUGGGGAUAGUGAGAGUGUCAGCCAACUUAUCAACUCAUUUUCGGUCCUUGAGGAAGAAUUGCGUCUUCAGCGUUUCCAAGUUGAAGAUUUGUUGGAUCGGGGACAAAUAUUUAUGCGAGAUCAGCUUUCUGAAGGAAAGUAUGGCUUCUCCACGGAAUCCGAGGGUAAGGUUAUGGACAACAAAUGGACGCCUUUAUUCCCCCUAUCUACAAGCAGGAUGCAGCAGUUUUUUUUGUUCUUAAAUUGUCUUUUGUUUCCUACAAAUAAGUGA